AUGGCGUUGCCUGUGAUGGUCGAUUUUCGACCAAUGCGGACGGGCAGCAAGGACAACAUGACCAUGCUAAUUGUCGGCCUCGACAACCUCCACUCUCCCGAUUCAGAAAUGACCAAACUGGACAAGGAACUCAACACCGCAAUUCGCGAUUUGAUAGAGAACAUAUUAGAGAUGUACAAGGACACCGACAGAUUUACCUCCUCGUCAAUCAGCAGCGUGAUUGAGAACCGCUCCUUCCCCAACUACCCCCCUGGCGGUUUGGUCACAAAGCGCGCCCUCAUAGAAAGUAUUUGCUCGAGUCACCCCGAAAUCACAGACUGGACGUCAGAAAUGCUUGUCGAUGCCCCUGUCCUCCCACCAGGCUCUUCUUCGAGCAGUGUUUUGCGCGGGCGGAGGAGAAGUAGCGGAGGGAGGUGGCAGGUCAGUGGUGUACCGCUAGCGAUUGCGGAGAAGCAGUGCUGUCUUGCCAACUCGGCUGAGUCCUACGGCGACGAUGGCACUUCGCGCGCGUGUGUGUGUGCAAUGUGCAUGCGUGUAGAAGUACGGCGCCUCUCACAUUGCCUAGCUAAUGCCAAUACCCCUGCUGCCGCUGCUGCUGUUGCCACCCGUCCUCGUUGCGUCUCCUCUUGCAUGCGUGUGUUUGUGCACCUCUGCUUCCCCCCUUCCUUCCUUGCCUUCUCUGUUCUCUCAUUCCUCAGCUCACCAAGUUCGUGGAAGAUUCCGACCCGAACUUUCCAAGUGGUCUUCUUCGAUGUCGUCGAGCCAGUCGCUGAACUCCAGAUCCGGAUCUUGUUUACGUCGAGAAAGGUCGCUUCAACCCUUUUCCGUGGUUGCCACUGUGACGACAAGUUUCCUCGUGUUGGCCUCCUGAUCGCUCAUUGGCGUGUCGUUGUCGGUCACGCUUUGAGACGUAGUCAUUCGCUAAGCUGCGCCUUCAAACCGGUAGCUUCGUUAACCGCAGCAGGCGGCGUCCGUUGCACGCAGUUGUUGUUGUGGGAAGGCGUGAAACGAGACCUCAGCUUCACGCUCGAGACCCCCAGUGAGUCGUCUGUCUCGAGUCUGCGAAGUAAUUUGCAACAAAUUGGCGAACGAACGCGUGCUGCCAUUUCGAGCAUUCGUGGCAGACUUUGUAAGCCCCCAAAAUCACCUCGCCUGUGCUUGCUCAUUCCCUCUUUCCAACUCAGCCUCACGCGCGCGUGUGUGUCGCUUCCCAUCACAAUGACCGCACCUGCUAGAGAUCAUCUGGUGCCUCGUGAUUUGUUCCAUUCCCCAGUUCACACCCAGUUCCUCCUCCUCUCCCCACGCCCACCUUCGACCUCCAGACCUGGCGCAGCCUCGACUCGCAGCGCUCUCCGCAAGCGGAACGGCGGUUUCACCUGCCGUGGCCUUCGCAAGCCAGUCGCCGUACAGUUUGUGUAA